ACCUAACUAGUCAAUGCGUAUAUGUAAGAAAUGAUAAUUAAAUAGGUUCAAAUUGUUAGUUUGUGUAGUUUUCCCUUGGUAAAACAGCUAAAAAAAAAAAAAAAAAAAAAACAACUUGGAAGAGAGCCAAAAAUAUCCAAAGAUCUCGGUGGCGAUAAAAGGCGUGCUUCUAAGUUUGAAAUGAGGCAAGCGUUCCCGUGCAUAAUUGAGUUGGAGGAAGGAUGGAAAUUUAUACAGAAGGGGAUCAAAAAAGUGAAGAGAAUUGUGGAAGAACGGCAAGAAUCAUUCAGCAGUGAAGAAUUAAUGAUGUUAUACACAACUAUAUAUAACAUGUGUACACAAAAGCCUCCUCACAGUUACUCACAACAGCUGUAUGAUAAGUACAAGGAAGCACUUGAUGAGUACAUCAAUUCUACUGUUCUGCCUGCUUUAAGGGAGAAGCAUGAUGCUGAGUUUAUGUUAAUGGAACUUGUACAGAGAUGGGACAAUCAUAAAGUUAUGGUCAAGUGGAUCUCACGGUUCUUCAAUUUUCUCGACGUGUGUUUUCUUACCCGAAGGGAGCUACCUUCACUAAAUGAAGUUGGUCUGACGUGCUUCCACGAUUUGGUUUAUCAGGAGUUGAGCGGUAUAGCUAUAAAUGCAGUUAUCUUGUUGAUUGAAAAAGAACGUGAGGGCGAGCAGAUUGAUAGAGUUUUAUUGAAGAACGUGCUUGAUAUAUUUGUUGAAAUUGGAAGUGGGACAAUGGUGUAUUAUGUGAAUGACUUUGAAGAUGCAAUGCUCAGAGAUACAGCAACUUAUUAUUCUCGUAAAGCUUCAAGUUGGAUCGUGGAAGAUUCUUGUCCAGAUUAUAUGUUGAAGGCAGAGGAGUGCUUGGAGAAAGAGAAGGAUAGAGUGUCUCAUUAUCUCCACGUUAGUAGUGAGACAAAACUUCUGGAGAAAGUGCAAAAGGAAUUACUGGCUGUAUACACCAAUCAGUUACUUGAGAAGAAGCAUUCUGGAUUCCUAGCUUUGCUUAGAGAUGAUAAGGUAGAUGAUUUAUCUCUAAUGUAUAGGCUAUUCUGCGGAAUUUCUAAUGGAUUGGAACCUGUUGCAAAUAUGUUUGAACAGCAUGUCACUGCUGAAGGCAUGGAAUUGGUGAAACAGGCUGAAGAUAAGGCAAGUAACAAGGCUGAAAGUUCGGGCACAGGGAAGCAGGUCUUUGUUCAGAAGUUGAUUGAGCUUCACGACAAGUAUAUGGCUCAUGUUACAAACUGUUUCGCUAAUAACUCUCUCUUUCAUAAAGCUCUUAAGGUGGCAUUUGAAAUCUUCCUCAACAAGAUUGCAUCUGGAAAUUCAAGUGCAGAGCUCCUUGCUUGUUGUGAUAAUAUUCUUAAGAAAGGAGAGAGUGAAGCUCAGGCAUGACGCUAUUGAGGAGAUUGGAUAAGCUGUAGCAUGGACUGCACUGUUUACUUCCUGGAAAGUCCCUCUUUCUGCCAGAUAACCACCAUAAUACAGUAAAGACCUCUCUAUAACUGUCAUCCUCUGUAUUAGCAUUUCACUAUGACGGCCAUCUUUGGAGCCGAUUUUUCAUGCUAUAUUAUGUUAUAUGUUCUUUAUAACAACAUUACCCUAUAGCAGCCAAAAAAUGUUGUUUGACUGUAAUAGGUUUAAAACUUUUUAGACGCAUAACACAGGGAGAUCUCUGCAGUACUCCCUUUGUUAUUAAAAUUUACUCAAUCUUCCCAUUUUCACAUGUCCUAUUGAGUGUCUGAUAGUCUUCUUGUUGGCUAAACCUCUGGCUCUCCAAUUCAACUUUUUUGGUAGAUAUCUGUAGUUCAUAAAUAUAGAAUGAUAAACAGGUUGAUUACAUAAUGCAUCCGAGUAAUUCUUUGAGGGAUAUAUAGUCAAAUAGCUGGUGGAAUUCAUUAUUACUUUUUCUAGCUGAUAUGCAUAUAUUAUAUACUGAUUAUACACAUUUAUACACCUAUUCCACAAUGACUAUACAUAUAUCAUACACUCGUCGACUAUUUUUAAUUUAAGCGGUUGAGUGGACGGGUAUUUAGGUUAAUUUUUUCAAUCUUUUAUUAUUAGGUCUAUUUUGUUAUCUAUUUUGGAGAAACAAUGUUUAGAUGGGGAUCAACGUUAUUUUAAUUUUUUUUCUUUGAUGUUGUGGUUGAAGCCCUCGUGUCUUGGCCCCAACGAUACCAAGAAGUCAUUAAUAAUGAAAACAACUUAUGUACGUCUUUAAAACGUAAUUUGGAACUCAAGCGCUCAAAUGAGAGGUCGGGUUGUUAUAAAUCAAUCACAUAAUCAUGAUUGAAUUACCUCUUUUUUUCGUCAAAGGGCUAAAUGCAAAACCAAAAUGCUCCCUCCGUCCCAA